AUGACUGACGGUCCGGUGGCCAAAAAGUUCCGAAUCUGGAAUCCGGCAGUCUCGGAACUGUCUGAAAAUCAGGCAGAGCCUGCGAACAACCUGCAGACUCAAGACGAGGAAAGUACGGACGAGAAGCCGUUGGAUUGCACCGCGAAGAACACUCAAAUGCCCUUCCCCGAGAUAUUCCAAGUACGUUUUCGGUUUCAGAACGGGUAAAAACGGGCAUUGAUACGUUUCAAGCAAUAAGUACUUCAUAAGAACCUUGUCACAAAUACACUUGCAGAACUAUCUACAACUGGCGCCGCUGAUGAUCCGCCUCCAGCAGCAGCGUCAAAUGGAAGAACUGGCCCGCCGACAGUUCCUCUCCACGUUCUGCCACGUGGUCCCACCGGCUCCGGCCCCUCCGAUCCCUUCGAUCUCCUCGAUUCCGAUGCCCACCGGAUCCACUUCGUCUUCGUCUUCCUCUUCGACUUCUUCUUCUUCUUCUUGCUCCACGUCCUCUGCUUCCGUCGUUCCGAUCAAUCCGAUUGUGGCUACGGCGCUCGGGAAUCAGGUUGUCAACGAGAACUGUUGCGCUGUUUGUGGAGCUGUUUUCAGGUUUGUCAUGGAAAAAGAAAGGAUUAAAAGGAAAAAUAAUUUUUUAGCAUGACUCCAAACUUUUAGAUCAAGAGAAACAGAUAUAAAUUAUAUCAUAUAAUUGUAUAAAACUAACAAGUACUUAUCAAAGCAGAGAAAAUGUUAUAAUGUUUCAUGAAACUGUGAAGAAUUCGAUUGAGAAAACAAAGAUCCCGAAAACCUGAAUGCCGUUAAUUAAAAGCUGCCUUAACAGAUAACAAAAAGUUGUCUACUAAUGAAAUACUCAUCAAACAUUUUACACAUUUUCUUAGUUUACAACUUUUUCACAUCUCCUGCGCUUACCACUGUUUCCGAAACAACCUGUCCGCUUUUCAUAAAGUUUCGAAAGAGAACGAUUUCAAAAAAUCCUUAAUUUUAUCCGGUGAUAUUGUCGAAUUCUGUGCAUUUGCAGAUUGACCGGCGACUUGGUGCAGCACAUGCGAAACAACCAUCGGAAGAGCAAGUUCAAGCGGAAAGCCGAUCUUCGUCAAUGA